AUGAAUCUCAAGCUUACCCAGAUAGACCUUGUCCCUGUUCCCGAGAAGCAAUCCGCCAGCGACAUCGACAGCCUCCCCGUUGAGCAACAUGGCACGCACACCCACCCCGCGCCUACUUCUGACCCUCUGGAUCCGCUUAACUGGCCCCGUUGGCAAAAGCAUGUGAUUCUGGGUAUUGUCAUGCUCAAGUACUUCCUUUUCACCUACAUCACAACCACCACUGUCCCCUCCUUCGCAGAAAUACAAUCACAGUAUGACAUCAACUACUCACAAGUCAACUGGACCGUUGCCAUCCCAGCUCUGGGCUUAUCGCUUGGACCACUCUUCUGGUCCUCAGUUGGUGACAUCUACGGCCGCCGCAUUGUCUUCAUCGUGGGAACUGUCAUCGCUUUAGUUGCUACAAUUGGCGCUGCUGUGGCAGACACAUAUGGUGGGUAUAUGGCUGCUCGGUUCUUCCAAGGGUUUGGAGUCAGCCCUUCAUCAACAGUGGGGAUGGCAGUUGUCACUGAUAUGUUCUAUGAAUACGAACGUGGCCAGAAACUCGGCUUAUGGGUACUUGCUCUUGAUUCGGGUCUGCUUCUAGGCCCAACCUUCGGCGGGUUUCUUAAUCUCGUCAGCGCACAAUGGAUCAACUGGUUCAACGCCAUUCUCUUCGCUGCACUUCUACUUCUCGAACUCACACUCAUGCCUGAAACCCUCUACCCGCGCGCUUUGAUGCUCCAACGCAUGGCAGUCACCGAGAAGCCAGCAGAGUCGAAUGCAGGUAUAGAAGAAGCAGAGAUAAAACGCACCAAGUCGCUUCCGUUCUUCAACCUCCGUCCCAUCCCAGGUCUCUCUCAUCCACCUAUCUAUGCCUCUCUUACCCGGUUCCUCCUUACAUUUCGCUUCCCAGUCAUCCCCGUAGCUGUCCUCGGGUACUCAUUCACAUGGUACUGGUGGAUCCUGUCCGUGAUCACCAUGGUCCCGUCUGCAUAUGCAACGGACUCGCCUCUCAUACAGGGAUUACUAUUCCUGGGCCUACUGAUCGGGACCCUAGUAGCAGAGGUAAGCUGCUCAGGACGACUGAGCGAUGCCAUCGUGGGGCGAUUAGCAAAGCGGAACGGGGGGGUUCGGGUCCCAGAAAUGCGAUUAUGGCUAGCAUAUCCAGCCAUUGUCUUGACUGCUGUUGGUUUGAUCCUUUGGGGCAUAAGUAUAGACAAAGCCUACCACUGGAUGGUAGGACAGGUUGCAUUCUUCUUAUUCUCCGCCGGAAUCCAAAUCGGCAACACCGUAACAAGCAGCUACAUCAUCGACGCCUACCCGCUCCAGUCCACCAGCGUGGUAAUUUUCUACGCUGUAUUCCUGAACCUCAGUGCGUUCGCUAAUCCAUUCUUCAUCGCCCAAUGGCAAGCCGCAAUAGGCUGGACCUGGACCUUCACCACCCAAGCCCUGAUUGUCGUGGCUGGCGGAUCUGGUGUUUUCAUUUCGCUGCAUGUGUUUGGGGCGGCGUGGAGAGCGAAGGGGGUGCCGGGGUGGGUGAACCCGGAGUUUGAUUCUUAG